GCUGACGCACGGCGGGGCGGGCGCGGCGCUAUAAAGGCGGCGGCGGCGGCUGCGGGGCGGCAGCACCAUGGAGAGCUGCCGGGCGCUGGCGCUGUGCGCCGUGGCGGCCGCGCUGCUGCUGAGCGCCCGCGGACACGGAUCGGCCCUGGGAGCGCCCGGCGGCGCCUCCCGGGAGAAGGAGCUGAUCGAGGCGCUGCAGGAGGUGCUGGAGAAGCUCAAGAGCAAGAGGGGACCGCACUACGAGAAGAAGUUCGGGCAGGUGCCCAUGUGCGACGCCGGGGAGCAGUGCGCCGUGAGGAAGGGGGCUCGCAUCGGGAAGCUCUGCGACUGCCCCCGGGGGACGUCGUGCAAUUCCUUCCUCCUCAAGUGCCUGUAAGCAGGGGCGCCCCGGGACAAGCCGCCGGGAGCGCAGGCACUGACGUCUGGCCGCCCCGACGUGCCGGCGGCUUCCCGCAGCUCCUCCGCCCGAGAAAAGCAGCGAGAAGCCCCCGCGUCGCCCGUGUAACGCCGUCCGUGACAUCCGACAUCCGUGGAGCUGUUUUCUUCCUCUCUCCCGCCCCACCCUUCCUCUCCCUCUCCUCUAGCCCCCGCUUGUUUUUGUCCGUCCAGGAAUAUCCCGGGCCGUGCCUUGGGAGCAGAGGUGCCGCUCCCGGGAGCUGCAGUGCCGUCCCAGUGCAGACCCGAGUAGCUCCAAGCCGUGCCGAGAAGGGGUAGUGGCGCCGUGCCGUGCCCCGGGCUGUCCGGCUCCUUCCUCGGGCUGGAAACACCCAUCCGCAGCCGGCUGGAGGAGCCGGGGAAUUCCCCUGGGGGGGCUGGGGGUAGCGGGACAGGCGGGAUGCGGGUGUGUCCAAAGCACCAUGACACCCUCUCUCUUGCCUCCCCGCCGAGCGGACCCAGCCCGGCACACCCCGGAGCGAGCAGCCUGCAGCUCUCGGUGGGGUUCACCCGCACCGCCGGCCUCAGGCCAAAUCCAGCUGUGCUCACCCGGUGCUGCAGAAAGUCGGCAUGGGACGCUGAUGGUGUGCAGGGGGCCGGCACUAGCCUAGCUGGGGUGGGGCUGGGGCGAAAUCGGUUGCUUUACCUGGGCCACCACGGAGAGAAAGCUGUCUGGAUUCGUUGCAAACUACCUGGGGAUAUCCUAGUCACCUAGACCAAAUGGCUCACGUUUCUGCAAUGAGCUGAUGUAUAUAAAUAUGUCUGUCCUCCACAUGUACACUUGUAUUUCAGUGAAGUCAUUAUGUGUUUUAAUCCUUUGUCUCUAUUAAUAAAGUCAGUGUUCUGAUGACGGU